AUGACCCGCCAGAGCCUGUGGGACGCGUCUGAGGCCAACGUCGAAGAUGGAGAGAUCCGCAUCAACGUGGGAGGCUUCAGGCGGCGGCUGCGCUCGCGCACGCUGCUGCGCUUCCCCGAGACGCGCCUGGGCCGCCUGCUGCUCUGCCACUCGCGCGAGGCCAUCCUGGAGCUCUGCGACGACUACGACGAGGUCCAGCGCGAGUUCUACUUUGACCGCAACCCCGAGCUGUUCCCCUAUGUGCUGCAUUUCUACCACACCGGCAAGCUGCACGUCAUGGCGGAGCUGUGCGUCUUCUCCUUCAGCCAGGAGAUCGAGUACUGGGGCAUAAACGAGUUCUUCAUCGACUCCUGCUGUAGCUACAGCUACCACGGCCGCAAAGUGGAGCCGGAGCAGGAGAAGUGGGACGAGCAGAGCGACCAGGAGAGCACCACGUCCUCCUUCGAUGAGAUCCUGGCUUUCUACAACGACGCCUCCAAGUUUGACGGGCAGCCGCUGGGCAACUUCCGCAGGCAGCUGUGGCUGGCGCUGGACAACCCCGGCUACUCGGUCUUGAGCAGGAUCUUCAGUGUCUUGUCUAUCCUGGUGGUGCUGGGGUCCAUCAUCACCAUGUGCCUGAACAGCCUGCCAGACUUCCAGAUACCUGACAGCCAGGGCAACCCUGGAGAGGACCCCAGGUUCGAAAUUGUGGAGCAUUUUGGUAUUGCCUGGUUCACGUUUGAGCUGGUGGCCAGGUUUGCUGUGGCCCCUGACUUCCUCAAGUUUUUCAAGAACGCCCUAAACCUCAUUGACCUCAUGUCCAUCGUCCCCUUUUACAUCACUCUGGUAGUGAAUCUGGUGGUGGAGAGUACACCGACCUUGGCCAACUUGGGCAGGGUGGCCCAGGUCCUGAGGCUGAUGAGGAUUUUUCGCAUCUUGAAGCUGGCUAGACACUCCACUGGCCUCCGCUCCCUGGGGGCCACCCUGAAAUACAGCUACAAAGAAGUAGGGCUGCUGUUGCUCUAUCUCUCUGUGGGGAUUUCUAUCUUCUCCGUUGUGGCCUACACCAUUGAAAAGGAGGAGAAUGAGGGCCUCACCACCAUCCCCGCCUGCUGGUGGUGGGCCACCGUCAGUAUGACCACUGUGGGGUAUGGGGAUGUGGUCCCAGGAACUACGGCAGGGAAGCUGACUGCCUCUGCCUGCAUCCUGGCAGGUAUCCUGGUGGUGGUGCUGCCCAUUACCUUGAUCUUCAAUAAGUUCUCCCACUUUUAUCGGCGCCAAAAGCAACUUGAGAGUGCCAUGCGCAGCUGUGACUUCGGAGAUGGAAUGAAGGAGGUCCCUUCCAUCAAUUUAAGGGACUACUAUGCCCAUAAAGUUAAAUCCCUCAUGGCAAGCCUGACGAAUAUGAGCAGGAGCUCACCAAGUGAACUAAGUUUAAAUGAUUCCCCACAUUAG